CGGGGGAAGGCACCGGUGGGGCCGACGGGCGGGUAGAAGGAGGGAAGCGGGCGAGCGAAGUCCCAGUGCGCGCCGCGGCGGCACGGGUACCCUCCCCUUCCGGGCGUGAGGCGCUGUGAGGAAAGCUGAAGCGAGCGGACUCGCACCGGCAGCGAGGCGCCGCUACCGCCGCCACAGCCCAGCCUCCCUCGGCUUCGGCGCUCCCGUCGUGGGGGCCCGGGUUCCUCAGCACACCCAGCUCCAGCAGCUCCGGAGCCAGUGCCCAGUCCUUCGGAAGCCCCGGCGCCAGCCCGGGCCCUUGGCGGGGAGGAUGACGGAGCUGCAGUCGGCACUGCUGCUGCGAAGACAGCUGGCAGAACUCAACAAAAAUCCAGUGGAAGGCUUUUCAGCAGGUUUAAUAGAUGACAAUGAUCUCUACCGAUGGGAAGUCCUUAUUAUUGGUCCUCCAGAUACACUUUAUGAAGGUGGUGUUUUUAAAGCUCAUCUCACUUUCCCAAAAGAUUAUCCCCUUCGGCCUCCUAAAAUGAAAUUCAUUACAGAAAUCUGGCAUCCAAAUGUUGAUAAAAAUGGUGAUGUAUGCAUUUCUAUUCUUCACGAACCUGGAGAAGAUAAAUAUGGUUAUGAAAAGCCAGAGGAACGCUGGCUGCCUAUUCACACCGUGGAAACCAUCAUGAUUAGUGUCAUUUCUAUGCUGGCAGACCCCAAUGGAGACUCACCUGCUAAUGUUGAUGCUGCGAAAGAAUGGAGGGAAGACAGAAAUGGAGAAUUCAAAAGGAAAGUUGCCCGCUGUGUAAGAAAAAGCCAAGAGACUGCUUUUGAGUGACAUUUAUUCAACAGCUGUAACUUCACUUAUUUCAGGGUAAGUUCAUUUAAAAAAAUCAUCCUACUCUUUUGCCUUUUUUAUACAUGACGUAAGUGUUUUUAGAAAAUGUGUGAUCUUGGGUAUUUGAAUCGCUUGUUUUCAUUGGAUUCAUUUUUCAGUGGUAGUAUCCAGUAGUCUGCUGUUUCUCAGCAGAUUAGUGUCAUCUGCUUGCUUUUUCCUUUAGUAAAUCCAGCUGUUUUUAACUAGAUAUUCCAUGUUAAACUGAUUUAGUAUGGUAGUAGUUCACUGUCGGUAAAAUUUCUGAUUAUAAAGGGUUUUUUUUUUGUUUUUGCUAUAUUUUCUUUGUUUUACCUUUUGGUCUGCCAUCUUUGACUAAACUAGGCAUUAAAAUUUCUUAUAUUAUACUGUGCUAUAUAUGGUAAAGAUUGACUUAAGUUUUUCCUAGUUUUUUUAAAAAAGAAAGACCAUAGUUUGUAAUAUAUUGAUAAGACCAUUAAACAUCUGCCUUUCUUGUUUUAAUUGGUCUUUAUCUCCUUGCUCAUUACUUACAGGGCCAGUAGGAAAAUUUUUCCUUUUCUUGUAUACCAUCUGUCCACAAAUCUGCUUUAAGUCUAUCAAGGAGCCAAAGAUAGUAGGCACCCAUCUGGCUUAGAAGAAGACAGGGUGUAGAUAAAUUGACCAAAUGUGUGAUAUUUAAGUUCUCUGGUUUUUCUUUCUUUAAAUUAAAUAUUGAGGUGAUAAAACCUACUUAUGAAACGUAGCAUCUAAAAAAGUGAGAGUACAUGCUAUAUCUUUGUACCAGCCACCUAUUGUAAGAAAAAGAGCUGUAUUAUUAACUGUUACAUCUCCUACAUUCCCCUCCUCUACCCAUACUUUUUUCAUAUUCCCAAUUCUGUGUUUAUCAUUGCUUUUCUUCACAAUUUCAUCAAUUUGUAUUCCUAAACAACAUAUUGCAUGUUUUUGAGUUGAAUAUAUGUGGAACUAUAAUGUCUUUUUUUGAUCAUAUUCUUUUGUGACUUCGUUGCUCAACAUUAUAUUGUUGAAAUUGUCCUUUGUUAUAUAUACAGUUAUAUUCCAUGUUCACUGUUAUGUAGUAUUUCAUUAGAUAAAUUUACUCUUGAUUCUCAUUUCAUUAUUUCUCUGGAGUGGGGUUGUUUGUCUGUUUUUUGUUAUUGUUGUUUUUGCUUAUUCUUGUUUCUGUU